CCACGCACGGUGGCGGUCGUGAGUUGUCACAAGAGAAAGAGAACGUGCAAUUGGACGAAAGGAGCUGAAGAAAGACAGUCAGGCAGAAAGAUAGAGAGGUUUAGAGGAAACAGAAGGAAGAGAAGAAACGGGAAAGCAAAGGUAGCGUUCGCGGGCGUUCGUGGUCACCGAGUUCGCGGGUCCCGCUCAGUCGUGUGCGCGUGAAAGAGUUUUAACCUCCGUCGUUCGAUUAUCGUGCGUCGUCUCGGUUCGUUCUGGUGCGUGUGGGUCGGCGCGCGCGCGCCUGUGUCCGUGUGUGCGUGAAAAACACCGCACCGUCUCUCGUUGCGCGUUUGUGUGUUACAUACGUCGGUAGAUAUAUACAAAUAUACGUGCGUCGGAAAGAGAGUAGCGCCGGGUCGCGUACAGUGUGCACGAAAGUAAGAGAGAGAGAGAUAGAGCGAGAGAAAGAGAACGGGAAGGGACAACCGGGCUGAGGAGGAGGAGUGGCGGGCGAGGAGGGGGAGGAGGUACGGAGUGUUGGAUUUGUUUUCUCGCACAACGGUGGAGCAAAACGGCCUCAAACUGUGGGGCUCUGGGGCGUUUUUUCUUCCUCCGCAAGGGAUGUACUACCCCCACAUGGUGCAGACAGGCAUGGCUGCGCCCUACGGUGGGGGUGUCUUCCCCCCGCCGGUGAACGGCGUAGCGGGUGUCGUCGGGGCUGCUGGCGCGGCCGGCGAGGUGAAACCACCACCCCCGGUGCCGGUGAAAGAAGACAACAGCGGGGCGCCUCAGCAGCCGCCACCCAGCGGCCCCCAGGUUCCUCCGCCGGCUGGUGCCCCACAUCAAACCGCCCCUGGUGCCCCGACCGCGGCCAGCUUCAGUCCGCCUCCGCCUCCGAACGGCGUCGAUCAACAGGCUAUCUCGGAGGUGUUCCAGGCAGCAGUGGCGGCCGCGGCAGCUGCAGCUGCAGGCGGAGGUGGCCAACAACCCGCCCCCACGCCAGCAGGCAACGAGACCAACCCCGAGGGUGCCGUCGAAGGCAGUGCCCUGGUACCUGUCACUUCGGGUGCAACCACACCUGCGACCGCCACACAGGGUAGCGACCUGAAAGGUCAACCUAAACGCCUUCACGUCAGCAAUAUACCUUUCCGCUUCCGAGACCCUGAUCUCAGGGCAAUGUUUGGGCAAUUCGGGCCGAUCCUCGACGUGGAAAUCAUAUUUAACGAAAGGGGAAGCAAGGGAUUCGGUUUUGUAACAUUCGCAAAUAGUGCUGACGCGGACCGGGCACGUGAGAGGCUACACGGCACCGUGGUUGAGGGCAGAAAGAUUGAGGUGAACAACGCGACGGCGAGGGUGCAGACGAAAAAACCACCGACGGUACCCAACGUAUGCGUACAGUGGCCAGAGGCCGCAGCCCUGAGAGGAGUGGCCAUCCAACGAGGAAGAGUAGGCGCUGCGAGAGCAGCCUUUCCGACCAGUGCAGCAGCAUUGGCUCUUGCCAGGAACCCUGGGCCGCUCGCAGCUGCGGCUGCAGCCACGGCCCUGCAUCCCUUUGCACCUGCCGUUUAUUACGACCCGUUCCUAGCAGCACACGCGGCGACGCAGGAUCCCAACUACAGGCUACAGCUGGAAUGGCCUCAAGCAACAGCUGACGCCGCGGCAGCAGCAGCUGCAGCGUCACCGUUGCUGAAGACGCCCCUCUCGACGGCGCAGCAGGCCACCUACGCAGCUGCAGCGACCUACACGGCAGUGGCUGCGCGCGCAUACAGCGCAGCUGCAGCUGCGGCACAACCGGUCGCAGGAUAUGCCGCAGUCGCGGGUUACGGGCGUGAGUACGCCGAUCCCUACAUUGGACAUGGUAUUGGACCAGUAGCCGGCUAUGGGGCGACCGUGUACAGGGGCGGCUACAACAGGUUCACGCCAUAUUAAGGAUCGUCAGAUAUCGAAGCGCGAGCCUUCCAAGUACACCGUUAUACUCAGCUGAACAUGACCAGAACAAAAAGAAAUCGACACAAUCAUCAUCGUCAUCCGCCAUCGAUCACGAUCACCCCACGAAGCGAUGCCUGGAUCCUCCGCGCAUGCUGACGCUAGCCUUCUUCGUAGCACCGACACGAGAUCGUCGACUUCGGCUCUCGUCGACGCGGAACGGAAGCCAAACUUUCGUCGGGAACCAUCCGGCCAUCGUGCACGUCGUUCCAGUGGAGUCCGGGCUACCGAGUUCGACUACGGGGAUGCCACGCUGUAGAUUUAGAAAUAGAGAUUUGAUUAAGAGAAACGCCUUCGAAACGGACAGUUGCGUGGACCUGGAUAGAUGACAGGGAAAACGAGGAAAGAGGAAUGAGUGAUCGUACGAAUGAACGACCGGCAGGGAAAGGAACGAAAGAUCGCGAAAGAAUGAUAUAGGAGGCUCGGAAUUGGAAUUAGGUUUAAAGCGUGCUUGAAGUUCGAGAUAGUUCUCGAUUGGGGUUGCGAGCGGUCGACCAGACGACAAAGGUCCACUGAAGCGUCGUCGAACUUUCGAACCCUGAUCGAUAAUCGGCGGAGAGGGUUGAGCGAGAGAGAGUGUGAGAGAGGGAGAGGCAGAGGGGAUGGGAGACAGGGAAUUGGUAAACUGAAUUAGCAGACAAAGAGGACCGGUUAAAUUGAAUUUUACCGAAAACAUGCUAAACAUUCGACCGAGCCGAAUCGAUUGUAACAAGAGAGAGCGACGCGGGGGUGAAAUUUGUUAGGGUGUUGGAUGAGAACAGGUCCGUUCGAAGCAUUCCAGGGUUGUUCUGGUGAAAAUUCGUGUAAGGAAACGUGGCAUCGCUUGGUUAAAUUGAUCCAUUCGUCUGUGAGUUCGGACCCGGCAGCCAUUACGACUUUGCCAAGUGGAAUGACAGGGGAAACGUGUCGAAUAUAGCUGGUGUACGUGUAUAUAUACUUGUGUAUAUACAUAUAUAUACAUUAUAUAUAUAUAUAUAGGUAGAUAGAUAUAGAUAAUUGAUCUCUCUAGAAAUCAAUUGUAAUUAUGCAAUUCGUUGCUCGUGCACGUUUCUAUAAUCGUUGGGGAAACUUUUAAGCGCGUUCCGGGCAAGAAUUUUUAUCACGAAUGUAAACGGGGGUAUUUUAAUCGCAUACAUGUUACGUAUCAUUGUACUAUAAUUUCACUGAAAUCCGAGAGGCAAAUUGAUAAACACGCAUACACGAAAUAGAGGAAUUCUGUACAUAAUUCGUUGAUUUCGUGGCUAGAGAAAUUGAAGCACGCGAACAACGAUCGGGACACGGAAUGUAAAUCGGUAACGAGCAUACGAUCGUUACGUUUUGUAUCUUUGUUUUUUUCCCCAUUUUUCUGCUUUUCUUUCUUUUGUUUUCCUUUUUUCGAAGCAUUUUCCCGCGAUGCGCGUAGUCACUCGGUGGAAAGAUUCUCGCGGAAACUCUGCGAACGUCGAAUCGAAAACAGCAAUUAUCGCGAGACGCGUGACAAGUGGAACAAGAUGGAGGGAGCUCUCGCAAAUGGCUGCCGGAAAGGAACUCUUGCUUCGUGUCGACGAGGUAAACGCGACUUCCGGUGACAAGCGUCAGUCGACAGACUCGGUGAUCCGCGACAAAGCGCGAGACCCUUUUUAGGUAGCUAGGCAAGAGAUAGAGAGAGGGAAUACAGAAGCGACGAGAGCGACGAAGCAGAUACGCGUGACCGGUAGGGUUUCUAUGCCAAAUAUGUGUGUGUCUAUGUUGCGCUCGCGGGCGCGCGUGUGUGUGCGUAGAUUCGCGAACCGAACCGCGGAUGUAGAGUGUAGAGUAGUGUUAUGGCAACGGAAGGGAGAGAGAACCCCUUGGACAACCUCUGACAAAGCCAGAUUCUGGGUAACAGGAUCUAGUCAAAUCAGUCUCUACCGGUUCCUAAUCGAGAUUCUAACGAUGUAACGCAGCUUUCUCUGAAUACUCACGGCCUCGUCGACGGCCCCAUUGGAAAAUCGAACGUGGCAGCCUUUGUUUUAAGAAUUGGGAAUUUUCUAGGGAUGGUAGGUUUUUUGGGGAUGACGGAGAUUGUCGAUCGAGGUGUCUACGCUCUCUUAUUUUCUCAAAUUACUUUUCAUUCGCGGAAUUGGAUAUCGGAGUAGGAAUUAAUUUGCGCCGUUUAGUCGUCCGAUUGUAUAAUCGUGUAAGCGCGAAAUUCUAUUUUAGAGCAUCGAUUCGUGGAACGUGCAAUUCCAAUUCCUCGGUAGUCAAACUGUCGACGAGAUUCUAAUAACGCUUCUCGUCGGGGACUACGUUGCGAUUCGUUUAAAUUCGACGAGGCAAUUGUAACGCAGCUGAAAUCGAGUGAUCGAGAACGCCGAAAUUAAUAGACUGAUCCUCUGAACUUCGAAGGAAUUUUUAGAACAGCGCCGAGUUCGCAUGGUACAUCCAAUAUUGUUUGUCAACUGAUUGAAUUAACCCUGAUCCACCGAACAUUUAUUUCGCUUCUCUCUAUUCUCGCGUGCAUACCGUUUCGUCACUUUAUAUUCAAGCAAACGAUCAACCAUACGUGGUCGUUGGAGUUUAAAGUUCCUCGAGUUUCUAUCGCGUUCUCGAUCACAGGAUCUGAUUCAUUCUUGGUAUCCGCUUCUCGAUCGAUCAGAUAAAUCGGCCGCGAAAGUUUCGUUCUUCUUUUCCCUUUAUUUCUUUUCAAACGUAAUCGCGAAGGUAAACGAGGGAAUGAUAAAAAUAAAAAUCGAGAAACAGAGAGAGAGAGGGAGAGAGAGAGAGAGAGAGAGAGGGAGAGAGAGAGACUCACACACAAACACAGACACACAUAAACACACAGAGUACUCCGAGAGGGGGCGGGGGGGUAAGAGAAGAAAUGCGAAAGGGAAAUGGUACGCACAUUGAGCCGAGUGAGUGAUAAUCCCUGUUAAAACAAAAAAAGUUCUAGUUAAGUGGAGAUUUAUCGUAAUAAAUAUAUACAUAUAUAAAUAUAUAUAUAAAUAAAUAUAUAGGUAAGUCGUUGCGUGACUCAACGUGGAGCGUAAGUGAGAAGGAAUGCGAGUGGCCACGAGUGAAUGAACUUGAGAGUGAAAGAGAGAAACAGAAAGAGAAACAGGCGAGAAAAGGAAACGACAAAACGCGAGAAACAAACGGUCAAGAGAAUGAAACGCGAUGGAUAACGAGGGGAAAACAAAUAACACAAAGAGUCGUGUGAAAUAGCCAAAUAUGACAAAGAUGUUCUUUUCCUUUCUUUUCUUUUUUCUUUUUUUUCUUCUUCUACUUCUAUUCUUCUUUUGUUCUUUUUUUCUACAUAGAUAGCGCGACAGGGCUAGCGUACUGUCGUCGAUUACGUUUUAAACUCUAAUCUAUCGUUAGGAUAGGUCUCUAGGCUAGGAUGAGAGGCAAAGAGGCCGGCGGCCAGGUUCGCCGCGCGUGAACCAAGAUGGCCGCCGGUGAGAAGAUCAUAUUCUCAUUUUCGUUUGCGUGUGCGAGCGCCAGUACAUGUAAAUAACAUACUACGAUUAGGGAUCGACUGUAAUCGAUUUCGUCGAGCACAAAAGGAUUAAUUCACGGGACAUUCCCGUCUUAGGAGCUAAACCGAACAACUCAGAACAUACUCAUUGAUUCUUGUAACGUUAAAUUAACAAGCGUAGAUUUUAAAGCAGAAACUAUACGAACGAGGAAAGAGAUGGAAGAGAGAGUGCUGAGAGAAACGCGAGAUAUGCUAGUGAUACACGAGAAUGUUCGCAUCCCGGUGGAAGGGCGAGAGAGUGAGAGAGAGAACCGGAAGUGAAGUUCUCGAAGAUUCUCUGUUCGAGCGCAAGUAACGUUCCCCGAGACGAGGAGAAAGCCCUCUUCUUCGAACCUCGACCGCCUCUACGCGAUUGUUCCUCUAUCAACGAGCACGUUUUUCAUAUACGUAAGGCACCCGAAACUCGUGCGCUUGAAGAUGAUAUAUUGAUAUUACAAAGGAUACGCUCUGACGGUGUUCGUUCGCGGAGGAACUCGCGUGAGGCGAGGGAACCAGGCGAGAAAGAUCUAUCACUGUAUAUUGUACACUGUAAUUACAAUUUAUACUUACUCGUAAUCGAUACCUUUAUCGGUAGGCUAUUACAACUAGUGGCUAGCGUAAGUCAAGCUCAAAUCUAGGCGAGACCCAUCGUCUUCGCGUCUUAUUCUUCGUCACGAGUGCACAACUCCCCCCGAUAUUCCUCCUCUUGUUCCGGACUUUUAUCGUUUUUUCAAGCGUGUUCUCCGAUUGCGUACGCAGGCCUAUCGUACACGAUUUCCCGAUGGAUUCACGGCUACCGCAGCCGCCAUCGGGCUCUAUUUUUCUUUCGUUUCGUUUCUUUUCCACUGUGAUUCCUUUCUUCGGUUGCUUGUUCGUUUCUUUGCCGAGGAUCGUCGACAAAGAUAUUCCCGGGGACCUCGCGGAACCGGUAACGCGUCCCGUGCGAUCGACCAAUCGUAUCUAUGCUCCGAAUUGUACGAUACUCAAUUUGCAAAAUCGAUUCGAUCGUUUAGUUGUAAUAGUUUAUUUCCAAGUGACUCCCGAGUCUCUUGGGACGCUUCGUGAAACUGUAAAUCACCUGGGCGAGUUCAGUGUACGGAAGAGACGGAGAAAAUUCGUGAUCGACGAUAUAUUGUAGCGAAAGACACUCGAGAUGACCGUUUUAGAUUGGAAUACGUGUUUUUGAAUGAAAUUCGAAAGUUGACUGUAAAUAGUUACGUGUACUCUUAAAGAAACCUCGCUUCGUCUCUUCUCUGCACCGAACUCGAUCUCGAAACUCGUUUCGCGGAACGUCCCGUGUAUUUAUCUAGAGGCCAGGGAGCGAGUAGAUCCAGGGAUAAGGAAUGAAUUGCUGUACAGAGAAAAAGCUGUAACGAAAUUAGGUGGUAGCCAGGGACGAAUAGAUUAGAGUAGUAUCUGUUUCCGAGUCUCUUAGAAGAAACGAGAACUCGUCUCGACGAUAGAACCACAGAUACUAGUCUUCUUCGUAGAACUAAUUUAUAUCGUAUUCGUUAAAAUGCUUCGCGCGUAACAACGCACGUAGAAUCCUCUCUCUCUGCGAAUUGUACAAAAACAUGGACUGCGUAAUUGUAAUAUUCACGAUUCGAUCGUCGAUCGCACUCUAGCGGACGCUUCCGGGCGAGAGAAAUCGAGGUGCCCCGGCGAAACUUUGAAGAGGAAAAGAAGUUAAAAAAAAAAAGAUAAAAAUAUAUUGCGAGAAAAAUGGAAAUUAGCCAAACGCGAGACGGAGUCGCGGAAUUUGAAGCUCCAGGUAGCACCGUUUCGAUAUUCACCCCUUUGUGCCCACGUGUCAUUAUGUUUUCUUCGUUGAAACCGCGUACGUUCUCGAGUGCUAGCGGGAUAAUCGCAUUGUAAAAUAAUCCAAUACGAUCGAUACGCACCGUAACGUUAUACAUAUAUAAAUAUAUGAUUCUACUCUAAUUAUUAUUAAAGGCAGUACCGUAAACGGGAUUUUUAAAGUGAAUCUAGAUGACUACAUGACUUACGUAAACGACACAUCUUACGAGCAACAUAUCCUAGCGUACUAGGCGGCGUCGUGGCCCGUUCCGCUCCGGAUCCUCGCGGAUCCUCCGCUCGCCAUCGUCGCGAUUCGCGCGCGCGCGCGACAACGCACAUUUCCGCUCUCUUAUCCCGGGCCCGGAAAACCCUCUGGGGCGGGCCCCUCUCGUCGGAGGGGUCCCUUGGCCGCGCUCUACGAACCGCGAGGCCAGCACCGUGCAGGAUCCGGGGCGCGACACGCGGCCAUCUUCUUUUUUCGAAUUAUCGCGACGGGAAGAGAGGGAAGAAAGCGAGAAAAAGAAGAAAAUGAUUAAAAAAUUAAGAAGUAAGGGAUGUUCCAUGACAUUAGGGCGUUAUUACGAUAAUAAGUCUAUCUUCUUAGAGUCGUGAGUGUAUGGGUGAUAUAUGGAGAGACGAUAUGUGUCCGUGUAUCGUGUGCUGAAUGGGCGUGAUGAUGCUUUUGGCCCUCGUCGAAUCGGCGCGAAAAUGGACGGCGAGUUCUCGAAUGGUUGGAUGUGUCGGCUAUGAAUGGUAACAACUGGUGAGAUUGAUUCGAGAAUCCGUAGGUGGUAGCGCGCGAUUCGAUUGGUCGAAAUACAAACCGGAGGAACGAUAGUAAUAACGUUUCGGCAAACGAGGAUACGAGAAAAAAGCAGAAAAUACGUGGAGAAUGAUAAAGGAGGGAAAACGGAGGGAAAAGAUGAAUGCAAAAUAGAGAACAUCGUAUAAAAGCUAAAUGCCACCUGUUUUUCGCUUCUCUCGCAGUGUAAAACGGAUUCGCAACGGGAGACGCGUGCGACCGCCAUCGGUUUCCGGCUGCGAAUCGACCACGGGGACGAGAAAAAAAAAAAGAAAAAAAAAAGAUAAAUAAAUAAAAUAAUAUGCUGAAGCAGGCGAAAGCGACAUUUACGUCGAGGAAACGCAGGUGAGUCUAGGCGUUACUCGCACAUCCGCGGAACACAUUCACACGCGACGGAAAUUCGACGACGAGAGGUAUCGAUGAGAUCCGCAGGAGAGGAAAGCAGAAAAGCAAAAAAUAAAAAAAUAAAAAAAAAAAAAA